CCAAAAGUUUUGGCGCUACAAAGGGGGCUAAACGAAGCACGGGAGGAGUUCCCACCACCCGUCUGGCCGUCUACGGUCUACCCUCCCACUCGAUUCCCACGAUGGCAUUCGCCCCUCAACAUGGUGAUGAUCUUCGCAGCAAUUGCUCCACUCUCGUUGUGCCGGCCCUGUCCAUAGGAAACGUAGGGCAGUUGGCGGUUGACCUCUUGAUCUCUUCGCUGAGGGCGGAGAGGGUUGGUUACUUGGAUGAUCCUUCCGUUCUUCCAUGCGUCGGCAAUGACGCCUAUGGUCCGGUUCCAGAAGGAGUCCUUGCCUUGCCGCUCGAAGUAUAUGAAGUAUCACCUAGUGACUUAAGUAUCAUCCAACAAAGAUCUCCCGUUAUAAAGGGAAUGAUGGUAGAAUUUGCAAGGAACUUGGCUUCCUAUGCAGCCACGACAGGAAAGCAGCAUGUUGUUGUUCUCUCGAGCUUAGACUCUGGGAAGAAGCAAAAAUGUGAUGAUUCAGGGUCACACAUUUAUUAUAUAUCUAGCACCAGACAGGAUGGCAGUGAUGAUGUCUGCGAAAAACUUGGGUGGAAGAGGCUUCAGGAAUACAUCCCAGAUCAUAAGCGAUGGCAGUAUCUUAGUUCUCUUGCUGAUGGCAAUCCUGUGCUGGAAGAGGAGUCUCUAUCUUUUGAUGAUGAGCUAGUGGUUGAUGAUUACUACCCAAGUCUUCCUUUUGCUGCACUAUUCUCAUGUUGCAAGGCAAAAGGCUUGAACGUGACAUGUGUAUUAUGCUACUGUGCUGAAGGGGACAAUACACCUGAUUCUUUCAUCUUGGCUGAGGCGGCUUUGAAUCUCCUAGGACUUGACAAGGACAUCUCUAAUGGCAAGGAAGGUACCGGCGGAUGGAUCAUUCCUUUGUCGUGGAAGACAUUUUACGGGCCACCUCCUGAUAUGUCUCUCUUCUAAGAUGAUGACCGAGUCUAGACUGAUGGUAGUGGUGAUAGAAAUGAACAUACAGGUUCGAAAUGUGAAAGAAAUUGAGAUGUCAAAAUUGUUUAAGAAAUGUAUUAUGGUUACUAUGCCCGAGGGAGAGAGUUCAAGGUAAAAAUGGCAAAGAAAGAAUGGAGAAACACAAGCAUAAAUUCUUUCUAUUGGAUUUCUCCUUAUUCACUUGAAGGAAACUAAACACCAAAUGGUUUUGGUCUUGUUCGCCGGAGAGCGAGUAGUAUGGAUCAUCUGGUCAUACGAAUGGUAAACCUAUUUUACGAUGUC